GGCAGGCAGCCGCCAUCGCGACGGGCCGGGCCUAGCCCCGGCGGCCCUCGCCUCGCCUCGUCUCGCCGCGCCUCGCGCCCGCACGGAGCAGCGCCGCCCGGCCCGGCCCGGCCCGGCCCCCCGCGCCGCCAUGGAGCCUGCGGCGCCCGCGAGCACCGUAGCGGAGCGCCGCGGCCUGUGAGGCCCGGCCCGGCCCGGCCCGCCCCGCCCCAGCGCAGCCCGGCAGGCCGCUCGCGCCCGUCCCGCGGCCCGGGCCGCGUGCCCCCCGCCGGCGCGGCCAUGUCCUGCGUGCACUACAAGUUCUCGUCCAAGCUGAACUAUGACACGGUCACCUUCGACGGGCUCCACAUCUCCCUGUGCGACCUCAAGCGCCAGAUCAUGGGCCGCGAGAAGCUCAAGGCGGCCGACUGCGACCUGCAGAUCACCAACGCGCAGACCAAAGAAGAAUACACAGAUGAGAGUGCCCUGAUUCCUAAGAAUUCAUCAGUAAUUGUUAGAAGAAUCCCUAUUGGAGGCGUCAAAUCUACAAGCAAAACAUAUAUCAUGACUUCUAAAUCGCACAAAAUCCUAGAAACUACUUUCAGAAGUCGAACUGAACCAGUGAGUGGACCAUCAAAAGCAAUUGAUGACUCUUCUGCAUCUAUUUCUCUGGCCCAGCUAACAAAGACUGCCAAUCUGGCUGAAGCCAAUGCUUCCGAAGAAGAUAAAAUAAAAGCUAUGAUGUCACAGUCUGGCCAUGAAUAUGAUCCCGUCAAUUACAUGAAGAAACCCUUGGGCCCACCUCCACCAUCAUACACAUGCUUUCGUUGUGGAAAACCUGGCCAUUACAUAAAGAACUGCCCAACAAAUGGGGACAAAAAUUUUGAGUCGGUUCCCAGGAUUAAAAAGAGCACAGGAAUUCCUAGAAGUUUUAUGAUGGAGGUGAAGGAUCCCAAUACAAAAGGAGCCAUGCUUACAAACACAGGAAAAUAUGCAAUACCAACAAUUGAUGCGGAGGCUUAUGCCAUAGGAAAGAAGGAAAAGCCCCCUUUUCUACCAGAGGAGCCAUCUUCCUCUUCAGAAGAGGAUGAUCCUAUUCCAGAUGAAUUGUUGUGUCUGAUCUGCAAAGAUAUAAUGACUGAUGCAGUUGUCAUUCCCUGCUGUGGAAACAGUUAUUGUGAUGAAUGUAUCAGAACAGCACUACUGGAGUCAGAUGACCAUACCUGUCCAACUUGUCAUCAGACAGAUGUUUCCCCUGAUGCUUUAAUUGCCAACAAGUUCUUACGCCAGGCUGUAAACAACUUCAAAAAUGAAACCGGCUACACCAAAAGGCUCCGUAAGCAGAUGCAGCAACCAAGACCAGCGGUCCAGCGGAACAUGCAACCUGUAGUGAGGCCAACGGUUUCCAGACAACAGGAUCCUCUAAUGAUUCCAGUAACUUCACCUGCUCAUUCUGCUGCUUCUUUGACAUCAUCGUUGACUUCUAGUCAGUCAUCUGCAUCUGCUACUAUGUCAGCAAAUCCGUCUUCUGGACCUGGAGCUGCUGCUGAUCUGUCCAUAUCUCUUCGCUCUGAAAAGCCAGACGGACCUUUUCGCGGGAGGGGCGGUGAUGCGGCAGGAGGGGUGGCGGCGCACCGGACGCGGCAGGAGAGGCGGCCUCUCAGGGAUGCAGAUAGUGUUAUACCUCCUGCUGCUAUUGUGACAGCCUCGGAGCAUUCAAAAACUUCUUCCUCUCUCUCAAUCAGCACUGUGAUGGAAGAGAAAGUAAAGGGCUACCAGGUUCCUGUACUAGGACAGCCAGCAUUACCAGGCCAGCUUGCUUCACAGGGACAGUCAAUACCCACUACUGGUCAGCCAAUAAGAGGCAGUCUGGUUCGUUCUUCAGGCAGCAGGCCAGGCUGGGAACCAAGUUCAAAUCGAGGACGCCCGCAUAGUGAACGUACACAAAGGACUCAGGCCCCAACAUUGCCAGCAUCAACACCAGUCUUUGUGCCUGUGCCGCCACCUCCCCUGUAUCCGCCACCUCCCCACGCACUUCCUCUUCCACCGGGGGUACCACCACCACAGUUUCCUCCUCAGUUUCCACCUGGUCAACCUCCACCUGCCGGGUACCCUGUCCCCCCUCCAGGAUACCCCCCAGCUCCUGCAAACAUAUCAACACCUUGGGUACCAACAGCAGUACCAUCGGCUCAUUCAAAUGCCAUCCCAACGACACAAGCGCCUCCUUUAUCUAGGGAGGAGUUUUACAGAGAGCAGCGGAGACUUAAAGAGGAGGAAAAGAAAAAGUCCAAACUUGAUGAGUUUACAAAUGAUUUUGCUAAAGAAUUGAUGGAAUAUAAAAAGAUUCAAAAGGAGCGUAGGCGUUCAUUUUCCAGGUCCAAGUCUCCGUAUAGUGCUUCAUCUUACUCUAGAAGUUCGUAUACGUACUCCAAGUCAAGAUCAGGUUCAUCUCGCUCUCGUUCGUAUUCUCGAUCAUUUAGUCGCUCCCAUUCUCGCUCCUACUCACGGUCACCUCCGUACCCACGGAGAGGGAGGGGGAAGAGUCGUAACUAUCGUUCUCGAUCAAGGUCCCAUGGAUAUCACCGUUCAAGAUCAAGGUCACCCCCGUAUAGAAGAUAUCAUUCACGUUCAAGAUCUCCAAUAUUUAGAGGUCAAUCUCCCACUAAGCGGGCUGUACCCCAAGGGGAAGGGGAAAGAGAGUAUUUUAACCGAUAUAGAGAAGUCCCUCCAUAUGACAUUAAAGCCUACUAUGGCAGGUCUGUUGAUUUCAGAGAUCCAUUUGAAAAGGAAAGAUACAGAGAAUGGGAAAGAAACUAUAGAGAAUGGUAUGAAAAGAUUUAUAAGGGCUAUGCUGCUGGAGCCCAGCCAAGACCCCCGGUAAAUAGAGAGAACUUUUCUCCAGAUCGGUUUGGUCCACCAGGAGCUAGACGAGAGAAUUCCCCAUAUGCUCGGGGUCGUAGAGACGAUUAUGCUGCUGGACAGAGCCAUAGAAAUCGUAAUAUAGGUGGCAAUUAUCCUGAAAAACCUGGAAGAGAAGGCCAUAAUGUUAAAGAUCCUGCAAAACCGAAGGAAAAGGAAGGUGAAAACCCCUUGGGAGAUGGCAAAGGAAAUAAACAUAAAAAGCACCGGAAGAGGAGGAAAGGAGAUGAGAACGAAGGCUUUCCUAAUGCUGAGCUGCUGGAAGGUGCGAGGAAGCCGAGAGAGCCACCUGCUGGAGGCGAAGAUAUUAAACCCGACUCACUGUUCGUGCUCCCAAGCAGGGAUGAUGCCACGCCGGUCAGGGAUGAACCUAUGGAAGCCGAUUCUAUUACUUUUAAACCAGUAUCUGAAAAAGAGAAAAAAGAGAAAGAUAAGCCUAAAGCAAAAGUUGACAAGACAAAGCGGAAACCAGAAGUUGCUGCCACUGCUAAGAAAGAGAGUGUAGUAAAACCAGCUAAAGCACCCCAGGAUAAAACCGAGACUGAGCGUGAAAAGUCUCCUCGAACAGACCCUCCGGCGAAAAAAACAAAGGAUGACUUGCCAAAGCCAGACAGUAUUAAAGCAUCUUCCUCCCAAAAGGAUGAGAAGGCACUGGGCACGCCACGGAAAGUUCAUCCAAAAACAGCAAAAGAGCAUCCAGAAACCAGACCAGCCAAGGAGGAAAAAGCAAAGAAGGACCAUCCGAAAGAAGUCAAGCCGGAGAAAACGUCAAGCAAAGAGGAAAAGACAAAAAAGCCUGUGGAAAAAAGCAAACCUUCUGAUGUAAAACCUGAGAAAAGAAAAAGAAAGGCAGAAGAAAAGGUAGAUAAAGAACAUGAAACCACUUUAAAAACGUCGAAACCAGAAGUGGCUGAAGUGAAACCGUCACCCAAGGGAAAAGCUGACCCUGAUGGUGAGAAAGCAGAGCGAACCCCUGAAAAGGACAAAGCUGCUUCUCUGCUUGCCCCAGCAAAAAAGAUUAAGCUUAACAGAGAGACAGGCAAAAAGAUUGUCAGUGGAGAAAAUGUACCUCCUGCAAAGGAACCUGCUGAGAAACCUGAGCCAACCAGUAGCAAAGUUAAACCAGAAAAGGUUAAAGGAAAAGUGAGAAGAAAAGUAACAGCAGCUGAUGGGUCUGGUUCGACUCUUGUGGAUUACACCAGUACUAGCUCUACUGGAGGCAGUCCUGUUAGAAAGUCUGAAGAAAAGCAAGACACAAAACGGACUGUCAUUAAGACCAUGGAAGAAUAUAAUAAUGAUAUAACAGCCCCUGCAGAAGAUGUCAUUAUUAUGAUUCAGGUUCCUCAAUCAAAGUGGGAUAAAGAUGACUUUGAGUCUGAAGAGGAAGACGUUAACUCUACACAAGUACCUUCAAAUGUAGUAAAACCCUCUAGUGUUGUAAAAAACGUGAGCGCUAAGUCCCCAAAUCCUCUGAAACACACUGAAAAAGAAUCUGAGUCCUUGGAAAAAACACAGAAAACUACAAAAGAAGCAAGUUACGAAAGCUCCCAGCACGAAGCAAAAAGCUCAAAAAACUCUGUGUCAAGUGAAAAAGGGAAAACCAAGGACCGGGAUCAUUCUUCAUCAGACAAGGACGCCUCGGAGAAACGGAAAAGCAAUGUUCAACCGGAAAAAGACAACUCUGAACGUGGGGCUGAGCAAGGAAACCUAAAAAAUCCUCCAUCAUCCAAAGACAGCAGAUCCUCAGAUAAGCAUGAUACUGGGCGUGGAUCCUCUGUGAAAGACUUUACUCCUAGCAGGGACAAAAAAUCUGAUUAUGAUAGCAGCCGGGAUCAUUCUAGUUCCAAGCGUAGGGAUGAAAAGAAUGAGUCCACAAGGAGAAAGGACUCUCCUUCUCGAAACAGGGAGUCGACCUCGGGUCAGAAAAGUAAACCGAGAGAUGAAAGAACAGACUUAUCCAAAAAGGGAUCGGGAGAUUCUAAAAGGAGCAACCAUAGUCCUCCAAGAGACAGCAGAAGGCCAUACGAUCACAAAACUGGGCACGAUUCCAAACGCUCAUCAGAAGAACACAAAUCUUCAGACAAAAGUUCAGCUAAAGAAAGGGAGAAACACACAUCAGAAACAAAGAGCAAUAAGGAGAGAGAGUCAAGUGGCAAUAAAUCAUCUCACAGACAUGCAUCGCCAGAUACAAAAAAUGAAAAAGAGCAUGCUGCUGGGCAAAGCGACAAGAGCGCCGUCAAACCGAAGCCUCAGUUAAGCCACUCCUCUCGACUCUCUUCCGACUUAACCAGAGAAACUGACGAGGCUGCGUUCGUCCCAGACUACAACGAAAGCGACAGCGAGAGCAAUGUGUCUGCAAAAGAUGAGGAGUCUAUAGGAAAAAAUGCUAAAGAACUGAAAGAAAAGGCAGUGGAGAAGGUUAAAGAGACUGUACCUGCAGCAGCAGUUGGUCAGCCUGAUGUAAGCAGAAGUCAAAGUCAAAGCAGUCCCAGUGUUAGCCGCAGCCGUAGUCACAGCCCUUCUGGAAGCCAAACUCGAAGCCACAGCAGCAGUGUUAGCUCGGCUGAGAGUCAGGACAGCAAGAAAAAGAAAAAGAAGAAAGACAAAAAGAAGCACAAGAAGCACAAAAAACACAAGAAGCAUAAGAAACACACUGGAAACGAGUCUGAAUUGGAGAAAAGCCAAAAACACAAACACAAGAAGAAGAAAUCCAAGAAGAGCAAAGAUAAAGAAAAAGAGAAAGAGAAAGAUGACCAAAAAGUGAAAUCUGUCACUGUAUAAUAUGACAGAUAAGAAAAAUUGACUUAAUUACUAAGUCAUCUGUAUUAAAUUUUGUUAUAAUGUAAGCAAAUUCAAGCUUUGUAAAUAAUGACAUGAAAGACCCUGUGCUGCACUUAAAAUAUUGCUGCUUGAUUAUUUGAUUUUUACAUCAGAGCUUUAUAAAGUGAACGUUUUGUACAGAAUUGUGAGUUGUGACCAUGUAACAUGAAAGGUUUUGCUGGGGCAUCUUAAUUUUAACCACCAUUAAUUAGUUUGGGUGGAGUUUACUGUACUGUGAAAAUUUUCACAUUUGAAUUUUUUUUAAUUGCCUGGCAGAAAAAGCUGGUAUCAGUUAUAAAAUAUCAGCAGAAUGAUUUGCAGAAUUCAUUACAGCCCUGUUAUGUCACUUUUUGAUUACAAUAAAAAGUUUUCAGUAAACUUUA